AUGCUUGAAGGGCUGGAAAGCGCAAGCGAUGACCUAUCCACCACCAGUGGCAAGCGCCAUGGUCAGCUUUUGGCACCAGAGAUGGACGACUGGCUGGUUCUUGAGUCACCAUAUAUGACACACUGGAAUCACAAACGGCAUCAGACUGGCGGCAAUCCACGCCUCCGCAAUUCAGCUGACGCGCCCGACUGGAGGAUGCGGGAAAGGUUGCGAACGGUGACUGCAGCCUUGGUCAUGUGCCUCAACAUUGGCGUGGACCCGCCGGACGUGUCAAAGACGAACCCUUGUAGCAAGCUGAUCUGCUGGAUGGAUCCUUCCUCUUUAGAAGUUUCAAAGGCACUGCCUGCGCUGGGCAAGAAUCUGCAGGCUCAGUUCGAGACCCUCAGUAUGAAGACACGCUACAAGCAGUACCUGGAUCCGAUUGUCGAAGAGACAAAACGCUUCUGCACUUCUUUGCGACGGACUGCAAAAGAUGAGCGAUGCUUGUUCUACUACAACGGAUUCGGUGUGCCAAAGCCCACGCCGGGCGGUGAGAUCUGGGUGUUCAACAAGGCGUACACGCAGUACAUUCCGGUCACCCUCUUCGACCUGCAGACCUGGCUGGGCAGCCCCUGCAUCUUUGUCUGGGACGCGAGCUCUGCUGGAAACAUCGUUGUCAAUUUCAAGCGGCUUGCAGAGCGCAAGGCAGAAGAGGAAAGGGCAGCGGGCGGCAGAGAUAGGGACAGAGAUCGGGCUGAAGGGAACCCGAGCGAUCUAUACGGGGACGCUCCGCCGCAAUUCUUUCCUUUGAGAGAGAGCAUACAUCUUGCGGCUUGCGCACCUGAUGAGGUGCUGCCCAUGAAUCCGGAUCUGCCCGCAGACCUCUUCACCUGUUGCUUGACAUCGCCGAUCGAGAUUAGCCUGCGGUGGUUCGUCUUGCAAAAUCCCCUUCCAUCCCGGCUGGACGUCAACAUGGUCAUGAAUAUCCCUGGCAGAUUGCAAGAUAGAAGGACACCUCUGGGCGAGCUCAAUUGGAUCUUCACGGCAAUCACUGACACUAUCGCUUGGACUGUCCUCCCUAGAGCUAUCUUCCGGAGGUUGUUCCGAGACGAUCUGAUGGUUGCGGCGCUGCUGCGGAAUUUUCUGCUCGCUGAGCGCAUCAUGCGCUUUUACCACUGCACACCCAUGAGCCAUCCAAAGCUGCCACCAACGCACAAUCACCCGCUUUGGGAUAGUUGGGACCUCGCUGUCGAUCAAUGCCUGGCGCAGCUACCAACACUGCUGGAAAAGGAAAAGGCGCACGCCGACGCUGCAAAUGGUGGCCCGCCAGUGCCCCCGCAUCUGGCUUCUUUCGAAUACCGCCACUCGACCUUUUUCAGCGAGCAGCUCAAAGCUUUUGAGGUUUGGCUUGGGCAAGGUGGUGUCAGUCGCAAGGGACGGAGGAGGCGCAUUGCGGGGAGAUUGGCAGCAGCAAAUGCAGCGACGCAGGGUGCGGCUGCUCCUCUACGGGGGGCCUCCAGGGCAGGUUCUCCCGACUCAAGCCGCGGCGAGGAUCUCGAUCCUGAUGCCAGGCCGCAGCGAGAUCCGCCGGAUCAGUUGCCCAUUGUUCUGCAGGUGCUACUCUCGCAGGUGCAUCGGCUGCGCGCGCUCAUUCUGCUCUCUCAAUUCCUUGACUUGGGUCCUUGGGCCGUUAAUCUGGCUCUAAGCAUAGGUAUCUUUCCGUACGUGCUCAAGCUUCUACAGUCACCAGCUGCGGAUCUCAAGCCAGUCUUGAUCUACAUAUGGGCUAGGAUUUUGGCAGUCGACAGGAGCUGUCAGAAUGACCUCUUGCGCGACCAGGGCUUCGGCUAUUUUGCCAGUGUGCUCGUACCAGCCCCCUCAAGUAGCGCUGGCAAUGCGGGAUCUACUUCAGCAGGUGCCGCAGCAUUGCCGAUUCCAAACCCGUCGGAGCAUCGCGCCAUGUGCGCCUUCAUCCUCGCCGUCUUUUGUCAGGACUUUGCUCCGGGUCAGGCUGCAGCUCUAGAGACAGACACGCUGUCGUCAUGCUUAGACCAUCUGGCGGACGAGGAUUUCCUCCUGCGACAGUGGAGCGCGCUUUGCUUAGCGCAGCUUUGGGACGACAGUUCUCCCGGAAAGGCUUUGGCAAUCGCGCAAGAUGCACAGGGAAAGCUCUGCUGCAUGCUGGCCGAUGUAGCGCCAGAGGUCCGUGCCGCGGUCCUCUAUGCCCUCGGAACGCUUCUGGGCACAAGCGGCUCAAGCUACGAUCCUCUGGAUCCCCUCACUCUGCCGCACACCCAUGGUGCAUCGGGCAAAGCAGGUGGAUUGCGGCCGCGCUGUCUGGGCACGGGCACGCACACUGGGCUGCCGCCGCACGUGCAAAGAGCCAUGGAAGUAGGUGUGGCUGUGACCAUGCUGGUCACUCGGGGCGACUGCAGCCCGAUGGUACGGAAAGAGCUGGUGAUUUCGCUCAGCGCUCUAGUGCGCGAAUAUCAAGGAUUUUUUGUGCUCUCCGCAUUCCUCUACUAUGAGCGCGAGGAGCGCAGAAAUUCAAGGAAAGCCUCUGCGAGACACUCGACCCACUUUCUCAAGAGUCCAUAUUCCGACUCAGCAUCUUCUUUGCCAGACUCGGCUAAGACGGAGGCCGAGGAGGAUGAGGCGGUGUUGCGCAGAGUCGUGGACAAGCUGCCGCCGCAGUAUGCAUUGCAUGAGAGCGACAUCGAGAAUAUACCGUCAUAUUCCACCGUCUUCACUGCUCUGCUAGAGCUCAGCGCUGAUGCUUAUCCGGAGGUUGCCAGCCUCGCGUGCACAGUCCUGGACUACGUCGUGGCGCUCAUGCGUGAGAGCGGCGUGGGCCGAGCAGCUGAGAACACGACGCUGCGCUUCGGUCCCGCUCCGAGCGAGACGACCCAACGGCUGAAAACGCCGCAGGCUUCGGGUACAGCAGAAGGAUAUUUCUCGUACACUCCCAGAAAGGCGGCGGACGAUGUUGGGCAUCUUUCAUUUGGCGCAAGCUCCUCAGCAAGUAGUGCUUUGCAAUCUCUGGGCCACGCCAGUCUCAACGGCCUUUCACGAAGCCAUAGACCCCAUGCACGGAGGACACCGAGCUUAGCCCAAACGGUCAAAGCUAUCGCUACAUUGGGAUAUUCGCGGCCAUCUUCACCUACCGGGUCACCAGAGGAGGAGCCCUCAGGCGCCCGCACGCCUGGCCAAAAUAGUGCUUGGGGCGCGAGUUCGGGCGCCCCUUCGCCAGUCCACACGCCUCGUGUGCCUGCGCCAAAUUUCAACGUCGCCCGCUAUGUUUCACCUUACAGUAGCGCCAGGCGAGUGGCGACGCCUACAACACCGGAGACACCACGAAGUCCUGGAACACCACACCUGUCCGCCUCUACUAGCGCCCUUGCUGCACUUGCCCAUCGUACGUCGAGCGCUGAGAGUUUGGCUGCAAUUGCUCGCGCGCAGGCUCGUCGAAGUGGAACGAUCACUCCUGGAGGCGGCGCGAAUUCACCACUCGCCGAGCGGCUCUCAGGGGCGGGGACAAACGAGGCGCGAGCCCGUGUCUACCAACCGCCAUCUGAGCAGGAAGAGGCUCGUGUUGCAAGCGCAUUAGCAGCGUUGAUCGCAGCUGACCUGCAGCGAUUUCACGAUCGCGAACAUCUUGGACCAGAACUGGCCGCCGCCGCCGCUAAUUCUGCUGGCAACACGCCCAUGCAUAGCCCAUCAAUACCCCGGCAUGGACACGAUGGGCCUCCGUCGGAGCACAGCUCUGCAUCAUCCAGCCCCGGAGGCGCUCACUUGGGCGGACUCAGAGAAGUGUUGCCACUCAAGAGCCGCCUCUUUGCGUGGUGCAGCGAGUACUACACCGAGCCGCAGAUGAAGUCGGCGGAGGCAGAGGAGCCGGGGAGCGUCAAAUACAAUGUGCAAACGUGGAAGCGGCAGCGCAACGAACGCAUCAUCAGGGAGGCUUCAGCGGAGACAGAGCAUGCCAGUAACACGCCAUGGACUGAAAGCGCGGGGACCCUUCGCAAUGGCUCAUCUCCAUACUUGAUGUUGAUGCAUGAGGUCGAAUCGCACCUUGUUGCAGCGAGCGAGCAAGACACAAUCUCGGUGUGGGACUGGGAGGAGCAACGGCUGUUGACACGGUUCAAGAAUGGUAAUCCCGAAAAGACCAACAUCACUUCACUGAGCUUUGUGAACGAGGCAGUCGACACGCUUCUCUUGGUUGGAUCCGCGGAAGGCGAUGUUCGACUGUACUCUGACUACGAUGCGCAGCCCUCCGGUGUCGACGACGUUGGGCCAAAGUUGGUCACUACUUUCCGAGCGCUGCCUGACAUGACCCGGUCGAGUCGCCCUAGUGGCCUGAUCAUUGAUUGGCAGCAAGUCACCGGGCACUUGCUCGCGGCGGGCGACAGCGGCGUCGUCCGCGUUUGGGACGCGCACCGAGAGCUUUGCGUUUGCGACAUCCCGACCAGAGCGACUUCGAACGUCACGAGCCUGAGCUCAGAGUAUGACGUCGGUCACAUCUUCAUCGCCGGGUUUGGUGACGGGACUGUGGGCGUAUACGACAGAAGAAAUCCUCCAGAGGCGAGCCUGGUGCGGCUUUGGGAUGAACACCAUUCGUGGAUCCAGAAAGUGCAGCUUCAGCGUCGCGGCAACCGCGAACUACUGUCCGCGAGCAUCGAUGGACAAGUGAGGCUGUGGGAUAUUCGCAGCCGCGCCUCCAUCUCUCAAGCCAACGUCAGCAAUGCGUUGGGUGGCAAAUUGUCGUGUGUGGCGGUGCAUGAGCGCGCACAGGUAUACGCUGCCGCGUCGGCACCGCGUGUCACUCGGGCGGGUACCACACCCCAUCAAGUGAUUUUGUCUCGUCUUGAUUCGCUGUCACCAAUGCCAAGGGCGGCCCCUCUUGUGCGUACAUUCUCUACGGGUGGAGUUGGGGGCAGCGCUGGCGGCACAGUUCCCGGAACGGCGAAUGCAGCAGCCUCUCGCGCUUCGUCGCUCUUCACGCCAGCACAGAGCGCCUUGACCUUCCAUCCACACAAGCACCUGCUAGCAUAUGCCGAUGCCUCGUCGAGCAUCUCGCUCGUCAAGUGCCCUCCUGCCAAAGCGAAGACCAACCUUUACGGAUCGCAAGAAGAUCUUCGCAUUCCGGAAGUCGACACGCCAAGCAUUCAUGAGCGGCCCAAAUCCAUUUUCAGCUUCUCGUAG